CUUUCUUCUCUCCUAGUUGCCUAUAUUGGCAUCUUCUGUUGUUAGCCUCUAUUUUCUUGAACUUACUGAUGUCUUCAAGCCAGUUCACUCUGGAUUUAAUUGCUAUGACAAGAGUCUGAGUAUGCCGUACAUUGAACCUACGCAAGAGUCUGUUCCGUUCUUGAUGUUGCUUAGCCUCGUUUUUGCUGGACCAUCAAUCACGAUAAUGAUAGGAGAAGGAAUUCUCUACUGUUGCCUGUCCAAAAGAAGAAAUGGGAUUGGAACAGAGGCCAAUAUUAAUGCAGGAGGAUGCAACUUCAAUUCUUUUCUUAGAAGAGCUGUCAGAUUUGUUGGUGUUCAUGUGUUUGGUCUUUGUUCUACUGCUCUUGUUACUGAUAUUAUACAGCUAUCAACAGGAUAUCAGGCACCAUAUUUUCUGACUGUUUGCAAGCCUAACUAUACAUCCUUAAAUGUAUCCUGCUCAGAGAAUUCGUAUGUUGUGGAAGAUAUUUGCUCAGGAGCUGAUCUCAAUAUUAUCAAUGCUGGAAGAAAGUCAUUCCCUUCUCAACAUGCCACCCUGGCAGCCUUUGCAGCAGUGUACAUUUCGAUGUACUUCAACUCUACAUUAACAGACUCCUCAAAACUUCUGAAACCACUCUUGGUCUUUGCUUUUAUCAUCUGCGGAAUUAUAUGUGGUCUGACUCGUAUCACCCAGUAUAAGAAUCAUCCAGUUGAUGUUUACUGUGGCUUUCUUAUAGGAGGAGGAAUUGCUCUCUAUUUGGGCCUGUACGCUGUGGGGAACUUCUUACCAAGUGACGAGAAUGUGUUUCAUCCAAAUUUUCACAGAGAACCUCUAAGGUCUUUGACAGACCUCAGUCAGGAUGCCAACAGAAUCCUGCCAGGUAAAAAUGGUAGCAGCAGUGAUGGCAUUGUCUCUCACCGUACAGAAAGUAUCCUGAAUAGAAACCACAGAGAUUCAGGGUCGCUGACCAAUAUUAAGAGAGCAAAUGCUGAUGUAGAAAUAAUAACACCACGAAGCCCAAUGGGAAAGGAAAAUAUGGUUACUUUCAGCAACACUUUGCCUAGAGUCAACACACCAUCCUUGGAAGAUCCAGCAAGACGAAAUGCAACAAUACACGCGUCAAUGGAUUCUGCCCGUUCCAAGCAGCUGCUUUCCCAGUGGAAGAACAAGAAUGAAAGUCGAAAGUUGUCACUGCAAGUAAUAGAGACUGAGUCGGGCCAGUCACCACCAAGGGCUAUAGAAAUGAGGUCAAGUUCAGAACCCUCCAGAGUGGGCGUAAAUGGUGAUCAUCAUGGCCCAACGAGCCAAUACCUGAAAAUUCAACCUGGCAGCGUACCAGGUUGUAACAACUCGGGUCUUUCUGGUGGGCCAAGGGUCUCUAUUCAGUCACGUCCUGGCUCAUCCCAGCUAGUGCAUAUUCCUGAAGAAACUCAAGAGAACGUGAACACAUCACCCAAAAGUAGUUCAGCUAGAGCUAAAUGGCUGAAAGCUGCUGAGAAGAGUGUUGCAUGUAGAAGCAAUAGCCAGCCAAGAAUCAUGCAAGUAAUAGCCAUGUCUAAGCAGCAAGGAGUGCUUCAGGGAAGUCCAAAGGGCUCAGAGGGAAGCACAGUCACCUGUACAGGAGCCAUCAGAUAUAAAACCUUGACAGACCAUGAGCCAAGCAGCAUUGUUAGAGUCGAGGCCCAUCCAGAAAAUAACAGACCUGUAAUUCAGAUGCCAUCAGAAGGUGAAGGAAGUGGGUCGUGGAAAUGGAAAGGUCCUGAAAAAGUCACCCUUCGUCAGACAUAUGAGCUAAAUGAUCUUAACAGAGACUCUGAGAGCUGUGACUCCUUAAAAGACAGUUAUGGUUCAGGUGACAGGAAAAGGAGCAACAUAGAUAACACCGAGCAUCACCAUCAUGGAAUCACUACAAUAAGAGUCACACCAGUGGAGGGAAGUGAGAUUGGCUCAGAGACUCUAUCCAUUUCUUCUAGCCGGGACUCAACACUUCGAAGAAAAGGUAACAUCAUUUUAAUCCCUGAGAGAGGCAGCAGUCCAGAGAACACCAGAAACAUCUUCUAUAAAGGCACAUCCCCCACACGAGCAUACAAGGAAUGAGGAGA